GUAGUCUUUACAUUUCUUUUGUUCCCUGUGGACUCUUUGGCUGCUGUUUUACCUUGGCAACCAGGAUGUCAGUUCAUCGACAACAUGGAAGAGUUCCCCCAGUGGCUCUUCAUUUUGGGUUAGACCAAGAAAGACCUUCUGUUAAUGGAGCAUGUUUAGAAAUUUACGUUUUUUUAUUUAUCCGUAUGCAUUCCUUCCCUCUGAGACAGUUUGAGAUUGAUGCUUCUUUGCCGCUGGGUUUCUCCGUGGUCUUUCUUUAUUUCCUAGCGGAUGCGCAGAUGGGUUUAUUAUAGCUGUCACAUAAUAAUUUCAACUACUUCCAGUAAUCAGACCAAAAUUCAAGCAGACGUGAGAAUAACACGUUUUGGGAUUUAUUAUUAUACAAUUAUGUAACUUGUUUGAAAGAAAAACAAAGACAAGUUGACUUGACUUUGCGAAAUUAUCAGAAUAGUGUUAUUCUGUUUACAUCCAUCAGGAGCAUGUACGAUAUCUUGAAUGAAUGUGAAUGAGGCGAGUUAGGUUUCUGUCAAGCGGUGAGCAGCAACUACCAAUUCUUUUUUUCUAUUUUCCUUUCCUGUCAACCCAUAAAACAAUAUUUUUUCCCCUGCGGAGCCAUAAAGCAAUUCAUAUUUGAAGUUUACACUUUUGGGUCUAUUUCUUACACCAUGUCCGAAAUCUGUUAACAAGAAAUGCAGUUUAGGGAUCUCAGAAGCUGAACUGAGGAUGCUAUUUACAAUUUUGAGUGGCUGGCUUUUUGUGGAGAAGAGGAGGAUUGUCCAGGUGUUCCCAGAACCGGUGCGGAAACUAUGGAACGAUUGGGAGCUACGAAUAAUGGUCCUGAUCAGCCUUACCUUGCAGAUGUUAUUAAUUGUCAUGGGCAACCGCAGAAAGUAUAAUCCGGGAACUUGGCUCAGAUUUUCCAUUUGGUCUGCAUACCUAAUGGCAGACUGGGUAGCAACUGUUGCACUAGGUGUCCUCUCCAAUAAGCAAGGAAAUUCCUGUACCUGUGCUGCAAACAAAACUGAAACUACAGAUGCGGAGCUCAUGGCAUUCUGGGCACCUUUUCUCUUGUUGCAUCUCGGCGGCCCAGACACGAUUACUGCUUAUGCUUUAGCAGACAAUGAGUUGUGGAUAAGGCACUUUCUUGGGCUAGUUGUCCAAACAAUUGUAGCAUUGUAUGUCACUGUCACGGCUUGGAGUGGAACUUGGCUCUCAUUCUUGACAAUUCCCAUGCUUUUUACAGGGGUGAUAAAGUAUGGAGAAAGGUCAUUAGCCUUGAGGUCUGCAAAUCGGGAGCAGUUUCUUGAUUCCUUGCUUGAGCCUCCUGAUCCUGGCCCCAGUUAUGCUAAAUUCAUGGAGGAAUUCACUUUGAAAAAGUGUGAAGGGUUUAGUGUCUUGGCCAUUGAAGUGAUUGAGGAGGCUGACCAGUCUCCUACCCGCAAUGGCAACAACGAUGGUGCUGCUAAUAGUCGGACAUUAUUGCUCGCCGCAUACAACUUCUUCCAGACUUUCAAGCGGCUCUUUGUAGAUCUUAUUCUUAGCUUCCAGGACCGUGACCAUAGCCAGUCUUACUUCAAGGAUCUCUCUUCAGAAUAUAGUUUCAAGUUAGUUGAAAUUGAACUUGGAUUCGCAUAUGAUGUUUUCUAUACCAAAGCACCUAUAAUAUACACUACAUGGGGAUGCAUUCUCCGCAUCAUCAGUCCCUCUUUAACCAUUAUAGUGUUGGUGGUGUUCCUGUUUGUUGAUAAGGGCGAUCACCUCUUGACUGAUCUGGUCAUUAGUUACAUACUGCUGCUUGGAGCUAUUAUUCUGGAAUUCUAUGCUGUCAUUUUGCUACUCUACUCCGACAGGGCAAAGCUAUGGUGGAGUAAGCAUCCAAAAAUAUGUUGUUUUGGAUCACUAGUCUCUGGUUUUCAAUGUAUGGUUUCUCCAGUUUCCAAAUUUAUUCCACCUAUGGUUUCUCGAAUGUUAUCUUAUUCUCUACCCUCUAAUAAAAUGAAGUGGUCAAAUUCCUUGGCUCAGUACAAUUUGCUAAGCUUCGCCCUUCAAGAUAAUCUUGUACCUUGUCUGGAAGGUAAACGCGAUCUUUUCAUAAAGAUUGUGAAACAUAUACCAACAUUGGAGAAGCGCCUGCAUAGAUAUCGUUGCAGCAUCUCUCCUGAACUGAAAUCUUGGAUCUUCGAGCACUUUCUGAGGAAAUCAAAGGACACCACAGAGAAGGACAGCAAAGACAAAUCAGAGGACGUCAUCGCAUCUUUAUGUAGUGCAAGAGGCAAUCUUGUUUUUGAACAAAAUAACUGUUUCCUCUUGUUCAAAUGGACAACUGAGUUAGAAUUCGAUCAAAGCAUUCUUGUCUGGCAUGUUGCUACAGAUCUCUGCUAUCACUCAGAUGAGGUUAAUGACUCAGCUGUCAAAUGUUGGAGCAAGAACCUAUCUGACUACAUGUUAUAUCUUUUAGUCAUGUGUCCUUUCAUGCUGCCCAUUGGGAUUGGGAUGAUCAGGUUUCGAGACACUUGUGAGGAGGCCAAGCAAUUUUACAAGGAAAAAGGUUUGUCAUUUAAAGACGAGAGUCAUAAGACGAAACUCUACGAGAUGUUGCUUGCAGUGAGUACUGAAGUUCUUCCAACUAAGGUAAAAGGGGACAGGAGCAAAUCUGUGCUAUUCAAUGGUUGCAGGCUUGCACAUGAAUUGCUGAAAAUGGAUAGAGAGAAAAAGUGGGAGUUUGUUUGUGACGUGUGGAUAGAGAUGCUAGGCUACGCAGCCAGUCAAUGCAGAGGAUACUAUCAUGCUCAACAGCUGAUGAAAGGUGGGGAGCUCCUCACUCAUGUCUGGCUUCUUAUGGCGCAUCUAGGCAUUACACAACAAUUUCAAAUAAACCGAGGCCAUGCCAGAGCCAAGUUGGCUGUGUACUGAGUAUAUAUGCUGCACUUUUAUUAUUAUUAUUAUUAUUAUUAUUCUUGAUGUGAACGUGGCUCAACUUUUUCAAGAAUAAAACUCUGAAAACUCGUUAAGCACCAGCGGAUUAUAGAUGGGAUAUAUCACUUCUAUCCUCUCGUAAAAUGUCGUGUUAAUAAAAUGAAUAAUGAUAGAAACACAACCUUUUUUAUAA